AUGGCCGAGCAAAAGCCACUCGUUUCCUUCAUUGGCCUGGGUGCCAUGGGGUUUGGGAUGGCAACCCAUCUGCUGAAGCAGGGCUACACCGUCACAGGCUUCGAUGUCUGGGGGCCUACUCUCGAUCGGUUCAAGGCCGCCGGCGGUCUGACAGCGACGACACUAGCCGAGACAGUCGCCGACAAGCCCUUUUGCGUGUGUAUGGUUGCUACGGCGCAACAAGCCCAGGCAGUGCUCAUCGAGGGUCCCGACGCUGCCAUAAACUCACUUCCUCAGGGAGCGGCCCUCCUUCUCUGCUCUACAGUCCCGUGCGACUAUGUGCAGUCGCUAGAGAAGCAGCUCAAAAGCCUCGGCCGUGGCGAUAUCCUCCUCGUCGACAGCCCAGUAUCGGGCGGAGUAGCGCGUGCCGCAGAUGGAACUCUCUCCAUCAUGGCUGGCAUGUCUGCCGCCGCUCUCGCCAAGGCACGCCCCUUGCUCGCUGAGAUGGCGGACCCAAGCAAGCUGUACAUUGUCGAGGGUGGCAUUGGGGCCGGCAGCAAUAUGAAGAUGGUACAUCAGGUGUUGGCAGCGUGCCAGAUCCUGUCGGCAAGCGAGGCCAUGGGAUUCGCGGACCAGCUCGGUCUGGAUCUCGCCAAGGCACAAGAAGCAGUUCUGGCUUCAGACGCCUGGAACUUCAUGUUCGAGCACCGGACACCGAGAAUGCUCACCGAAUUCAAGCCCAUCGCUAGCGCCAUCCUCAUCAUCAUCAAAGACACGAGUAUAAUCACGGCCUCUGGCAGGGGGGUUGCCUUCCCAACGCUCAUGACGAGCGUCGCAGAGCAGGUGUACUUCUCUGCCAUCGGCAGAGGCUUCGGCUCGGACGACGACAGCAGUCUUAUCCGGCUGUACAACGAGGGCAAGGGCAAAGUCGGGCCAGUUCACGGCCUAGCAGAGAGCGAGGCGGAGAAGACGGCAUUGGUAGUCGACCUGCUGAAGGGUAUCCUCAUCUGCUCAGCAGCCGAGUCCCUGGCGUUUGCGCAUGCUGUCGGGCUGGAUCUCGACCAAGUCUAUGACUUGUGCAUCAACGCCGCGGGCGGUAGCACCAUCCUGAAAAACGUCGGGCCCGACAUUAUCAAGGCGUUCCGCGAAGGCACGGCGGCGCAAGGAUGGACGGCGCGGGGCAACGGCACCGGGCUCAAGGAAAUCGCCGACAAGCUGAACGCUGCCGUCGAGGAAGGGCAGAGGAUCAAAGCGCCCCUGUUCCUCGGAAACCAGGCUCGCAAUAUCAUUCAGUUGGCGCUCCAGUCUGGCCCGCCGGAUCUUGCUAUGGGAGCGGUGGUAAACCGUUGGAAUAGCGGCAUUCAACACAUGGAAGACGCUACACGCCAGCACUUCUUCCACCAUGGGCGGCCCGGUUCCAACGCGAAAGAAAUGCAGAACUGCCAUUUUUGCCAAAUCCGCUCCUUUGCGACGCAUUCGACAAUCCCAAUUACAAUUGUCAAUAAGGAAGACGAGGCCGUUCUGAACCCCAAUUUUCGCUUCAUCGACCGGUCGGUCGUUACGAAAGGCGUCCCGGUCGCUGAGGACUCUUUUCGCACGGGCUGCAACUGCGAGACGGAAAAAGACUGCAUGAAGAGCGCCUGCCAGUGCCUGGACGAGAUGGCGUUUGACAGUGACAACGACGGCGUCGCAUAUCACUCACACGGGGUCAAGGAGGGCUUGCUGCGGAGUAGGAUUCUGCACAGCCGGGAGCCCAUCUACGAGUGCCACCAGGGAUGCAACUGCUCGUCGAAAUGUCCAAACAGGGUCGUGGAACGGGGAAGGACUGUGCCGCUGCAGAUCUUCCGGACCGAAAACCGGGGCUGGGGGGUCAUGUGCCCCGUCGACAUCAAGAAGGGCCAGUUUGUGGACAGAUACCUUGGCGAGAUCAUCACGAGCAAAGAGGCCGACAGGAGGCGCGCCGACGCAACCGUCGCUCGUCGCAAAGACGUCUAUCUAUUCGCGCUCGAUAAAUUCUCGAACCCGUACUCUCCAGAUCCGCUGCUGAGGGCUCCGCCCCUCGAGGUUGACGGCGAGUACAUGAGCGGACCGACUCGGUUUAUCAAUCAUAGCUGCGAGCCCAACAUGCGCAUCUUUGCCCGCGUAGGCGAUCAUUCAGACAAGCAUAUCCAUGAUCUCGCGCUGUUCGCGGUACGAGACAUUCCGCGCUGGGAAGAGCUGACAUUCGAUUACGUGGACGGACUGGGCGAGAUGGAGAGCGACGCCCACGACCCGUCCCAAACCAAGAACAUGACCAAGUGUUUGUGCGGGACUCCUCGCUGCAGAGGCUAUCUGUGGUGA